ACCGUCGAGAGCAGAAACAUCGCAGCGUGGUUACCGGGCGGCCGCUCGGCCCAUUAGUUUGAAGUUAUGACCGGAUAUGAAGUGUCCGCCCUCUCUGUUUGGCGUUGAGACCAGCCAGCCAGCAGAUCCCCACAGAGCAGGCUCGACUGGUGUAUUCAGAGAUCCCAGUUCCUGUUUCCGCCGCAGCCUUAACACUCAAUUUCGUGGAGCAACAACUCUCGGCUGCCGCUGCGCCAGACCCGGUCUCCGCAGCCCCCCGGUCGGAUGCCGCUGGAAGCCGGUGUACCAUGUCACGGACAGAACUCCAGUAAAGGAAUCCUGUGGGACUGGAAGGAAACAGCAAGACCGAGUGGGACAACCUGGUCAACGAGGAGCCGGGUGGAGGGGAGGAGACACCAACAGUGCCAUUAGAAAGGCAGACAUCUGGGCCCGCUAGUCAUGCUUUAGCACACGCAGCAAAGCCUAGUCGAUCGCUGGAGUCACACCCACCGCCUUUUCUUACACACUCCUGCGCCACACAAAAGAAACACACAUCCCUCACCAUCUGUCAUUUUCUCUUACACCACCCUCGCAAAGAUGCCAAAGCCAAGGUUGACCCUGUGGCACUUGUGGUGACGGGCCACAGAGUGUGUGUGCACAUCCGGCAGGCAGGCCGUUGGGUCGGUGGGUGUACGGGCACUCCGAAAGGCAUAUUUCGGUGGGCGAGGUUGCACCAUGCGGCCCUGGGCGGGGUCAUGGCGAUGGAUUACCCUGGUGCUGUUGGCCUGGGGCACGCUCCUCUUCUACAUCGGCGGUCACUUGGUGAGGGACAGCGAACACCCCGAGCGGUCCAGUCGGGAGCUCUCCAAGAUCCUGGCCAAGCUGGAGCGGCUUAAGCAGCAGAAUGAAGACCUGCGGCGCAUGGCCGAAUCACUCAGGAUACCAGACGGUCAGGCAGAAGCCGGCUCGCUCGCUGCAGGGAGACUGCGCUCCCUGGAGGACCAGCUGACCAGAGCCAAGCAGAAGAUCAGCAGCUUCCAGAAACUCACUGGAGACGGCCCCGGGCCCACACAGGAGGAGCUGCGUCGGACGGUGGAGAACGGCGUUAAGGAGUUCUGGUACUUUGUUCGCAGCGAAGUGAAGAAAUUGGCCAACGCCGAGCUCAGCGAAAGGCUGAAGUACGCAGACGCACUCCUGCAGCACCUGGGACACCAGGAGAGAUCCAUCUUGACAGACAUGUACUACCUCAGCCAGGCGGACGGAAUGGGCGAAUGGAGAACGAAGGAGGCUAAAGACCUGUCGGAUCUGGUCCAGAACCGAAUCACCUACCUCCAGAACCCCCCAGACUGCAGUAAGGCCAGGAAGCUGGUGUGUAACAUCAAUAAGGGCUGCGGUUACGGCUGCCAGCUGCACCACGUCGUCUACUGCUUCAUGAUCGCGUACGGCACCGAGCGCACGCUCAUCCUGGAAUCCCACAACUGGCGCUACGCCCCCGGCGGCUGGGAGACCGUCUUCCUGCCCGUCAGUAACACCUGCACUGACCGCUCCGGGGCCACCACUGGACACUGGUCGGGAGAGGCCCACGAUAAGGACGUCCAGGUGGUGGAGCUGCCGAUAGUGGACAGUCUCCACCCCCGGCCCCCCUACCUGCCCCUGGCGAUCCCGGAAGACCUGGCCCCACGCCUGCACCGCCUGCACGGCGACCCCUCCGUUUGGUGGGUGUCCCAGUUCGUCAAGUACCUGGUGCGACCGCAGACGUGGCUGGAGAAGGAGAUCCAGCAGACCACGGCCAAGCUGGACUUCAAACACCCCAUCAUCGGAGUCCAUGUGAGGAGGACGGACAAAGUGGGGACGGAGGCGGCCUUCCAUCCCAUAGAGGAGUACAUGCUGCACGUGGAGGAGCAGUUCCAAGUCCUGGCCCGGCGUGUCCACAUCGACAAGAAGCGAGUUUACCUGGCCACCGACGACCCCACCCUGCUGCAGGAAGCCAAGACCAAGUAUCCGGAGUACGAGUUCAUCAGCGAUAACUCCAUCUCGUGGUCGGCAGGCCUUCACGACCGCUACACUGAGAACUCUCUCAGAGGAGUCAUCCUGGACAUCCACUUCCUGUCCCAGACCGACUUCCUGGUCUGCACCUUCUCCUCACAGGUCUGCCGCGUGGCCUAUGAGAUCAUGCAGACGCUGCAUCCGGACGCUUCCUCCUGCUUCUACUCCCUGGAUGACAUUUACUACUUUGGAGGUCAAAACGGCCACAACCAGAUCGCCGUCUACCCCCACCAGCCGCGCGACAGCGAGGACAUUCCCCUGGAGCCCGGAGACGUGAUCGGCGUGGCCGGCAACCACUGGGACGGAUACUCCAAAGGCAUCAACCGCAAACUGGGCCGCACCGGCCUCUACCCGUCCUACAAGGUCAAAGAGAAAAUCGAGACGGUGAAGUACCCGACGUACACCGAGGCAGACAAACUGCUCAGCUCUCAAAAGAAGUAAAACAAGAAAGAGGAAAUGAACGAAGGAAAAGAAGAGAAGGAGCGAGGAGAAACGCGCAGACUCCGUUUCCAGGGAAGGAGGCUGCUCUUGUACAGAAGAGAUACUUAGCACGCUGAGCGAGGAAGAAAAGCAAACGCCUGUACCCAGGGGUGAUGGGAAUGCACUGUGUGUGUGUGUGUGUGUGUGUGUGUGUGUGUGUGUGUGUGUGUGUGUGUGUAAAUGCCUGUGCGUACGCCAGGUUAUGGAAGACUUGCACCCUCCCACUGUCCCCCUGCCCGGGGCUCUGACUCCGGGUCUGUAGAGAUGUAGACAUGAACAUUGAUUUUAAAUAAAGCAAGAAAACAAUUAAACUCUACACAACUGAGCUCCCCCGGACUGGGACUCCUGUAAGACUCGCCGCACACCCCACGAGCGAGCUUUGAAUCAAUCACUGAAAAAAAGAUGACAAACUGGAAAAAAAGAAAAAAAAUGUUUAUUUUUAUUUAAUUCUUUUCAGUGCCGUUGAUUCUAAUCUUGCCUUUUUCUUUUCUUUUUCUUCUUCUUUGUUUACUUGAAUGUACUGUAUCCUCUUCUCGCCACGCUGACACCACCCCUUCACGCCCCCACCCCCUUUCCUCCUGCUCCACUCACUGUGCUCCCUCCAUCUUGUCUCUACAUGUGCAAUUAAUUUUUAAAAUACCAUAUUGUGCUUUUAUCGAGUGUUUUAAACGGUCUUAUUUUUGUAUGUGCUUGGGGCUUGUGCAUUGUAUACUGUACUGUGUGUGUGUGUGUGUGUCCAACGGGCCGGUGCCUGAUUGCUCAUGAGCAGUGUGUGUUUUUAUUUCUGGCUUUCCUCCUAACGGAGCCCGGCGGGGGCGGCGGGGACCGUCCUCAGCCCCCCAGCACUCGGAACAAUGGUGGGCUCCGGUCACUGUAGUUAACAAUGGUAAGACUAUGUGGAGGACGGUGAACUCAUGGUGCACACACACACACACACACACACACACACACACAGGAGCCGUCCCGACGCUCACCAAAAGAAGCACUCCACCGAGAUAACGUCCUGUCGGGCAUCUCUUCUGUCCAUCUGUCUGUUUCGUUUUUUGUGUUUGUAUUAUUACUUUUAACAUUGCUGUUUUAAAAUAAAUGAGAAAAUAUGCCUGUUUCAAAACAACAAUGCAAUGUCAUAUCACACGCAGUCCCCACCAUGAAGGCUUCUUUUUUUUCCAUAACUUAUGUUCGUGGGCAUUGUCUUUGAUCACCACAGAUUGAAUAAACUUGAGAAACCAACAAGGCA